AUGGGCAUAUUUCCCGGAGGCAAAAGCACUCGCAUUAACUCUCCUCGCCAUCUAACCCUUCGACAUUCUCGGCGGGCCGCUGCUGUAUAUCAGCGCAAAGCCCGACAGCUAGCUGGUAUAGCUGUCAUUGAGAGUGAGGAGGAUGUUGACCCUCUGGCGCCUGGUGAACAAAAGCUCAACUCGUACUGGGCUCCGGGGCUCGCGGUUGGUCCGAAACAUAAUAUCACUGUCAAGCAGCAUAUAGAGGCGCCUACGGGCGAGAAAUUAGACCUCAAUGCGGAGAAAUCCUUUUUCGUAGACGCGCCACAAUUCUCACUGCCAGAAGGGAGUGUGCACUCGACCUAUCCUCCUCCAGGAUAUCCUGACACAAACAGGAUCCUUCCUCAUGUGGUCUUAACGGAUCCGCAUCUGCCAUGGGAAAGAUCCGGAAGCCGCAGUCAGGGGACGAACAAGGAGCUUCAGAUGAAGAUGAGGGCGCUAGCAGAAGGUGCUAGUGGCGAGACCGUACGCAACCGCGUGCCUUGGCUCGUCAUGUUCUCCUUUUCUCAAGAUGAGCUACGGCUACAGCCUCAAGAAUUGGACGGGUCGACUAGCAUCUUCCGCAAUACAAGUUCUGGCGUCACCAAGCCCGUCAAACAGUCAGGCACCAUGACGGUCAACAUGAGCAUUGAUGACCUAUGGAAGAUAACAGACGUAACGACGCCUGUGACUGAAAAACUUGGGCCGGAGAGUAUGAAAAAUAGUCGAGGCGACUUUAUUUUCGUCAAGCCAGACCUCUUCGCCAAUCUCUUUCCCACAAGCGACUCCAAUAACAACCCUGUCAAAGGUUCCAAUCCCAAUGCGCUGCAAUAUCAGUACCAGGCACAUGUGCGCAAGAUAAAUGGUCAGGGUAUGGCGCUCGCUGGUGUUGAAGAUACGGCCGUCUUUAGCAUCGUCGUCGGCAACCGGUCCGGCCCGCUCGACAAUGAGACACCAGUAACCAUGUCUGCACACCUCGUUUCUAUCGAAGGCGUCGAGGAGAUGUCUUGGCCCGGAACUAAUCACCGCUAUGUUGCGCUGUGCUCGCUACAUAGCUGGAAUUACACUGUGUUGCCGGCAAAUACGCUCAACGUACCGGAUGCGUUUGAAGAUCUUGGAAGGACCCUCAACGUCCUCCGUGCUCCAGAAGAAAUCAUCUCGCCGCUACGGGCUUCAAGCGACAAGAUGAAGCAGCUUGUUGCGAAGCGGCUCGAUGAUGGAUACACGCUCGUACGAUAUCGUACUCAGACGGGAGAAUCUACCGUUGCCCUUUACCGCGGACCAUUCACACCUUCAUUUGUCCCUCCCCUAGAAAAUUUGACGACAAGCUCUAACUCGGGUGUCGACCUACAAGUCCUUGACAAGCAACUAGGUAUCAUGGAUAUUACGUAUUCGGUUGCUUGGCAAGUCGGUCGCACCAUGGCCCUAGGUGAUGAAGCUUACACGGCGGCACUUAACCGGCUGCGUACGUCGAUCCAUAGUACGGCCGAAGCCGCCUCCAAGCUACAGACGGUAAAGAACAUUGAUGACACGGCCUUCCGGACCCGUAGCGACGUACUAGGCGGUAUUGAUUCGGCCAUCCGCAGUUUAGCCUCAAUUCAUCUUAGCGGUAACGAUGAUAUAAAUCCGGGGAAACCCAUUCGGGCGCCGCGAUAUGUUCCCGGCGGCGCUAAGCGAAGAUGGAAACGUUCCCGUCUUGCACGUUCCGAGUUACCAGAUAUGUCCUUUGGUUCACCCUUGAUACGUAAAUACUUCCCGAAUGAGGCUGUCAAAGCGGCACAAUACCUCGCCCGUAGCACAUCAGGGGGCACGUAUGAUGAGACCAAUGAUCCAGUGUCAACCGAUUGGAUGAUUGUUCUUGCUUGGCUCCUCGACCGCAUGUUCCUCGCGGGUGUACCUGCUCACUGUCUUAUACCUGACCCAACGUACCUCGAGCCCGAACGGCUACGCUUCUUCCGCAUCGAUAACAAUUGGGUUGAUGCCUUGAUAGAUGGUGCUCUUUCGCUCGGUAACCACUACGGCGAUGACGAAGACCGUACGGCUAUCAAAGAAGCCUUAAACGACUACAUUAAGCACAUACCAGAAGGACAAGAACAGCCCGUGCAGAUCCCUGCCUACGGUUUCUACUUGCGGUCAGACCUCGUCACCAUGUUCCCGGACUUACGUGUCGAGGUUCUAGAUGCUAAUGGAGCAACUGCCUCCUCUGGCGCACCGCUUCUACGCCAUGAAAUUGUCACAGACGGCGUUAUGAUGGCCUUUAUGGACCGUAUACCCGGCUCAGACCAAUUUGCUAGUCUUGUCUUCACGCAGCCCGCGCACCAACAACGUUUCGCCGUUGCCCGCGGUGUUGACCCAGCAGAGGUCAAGGUAGACAUACGGCGGCAGUACACAGUCGAACAGAGCAUUCGCGAAAAAGACGACAAGCGACACGACGCCCUCAAGCCGUCUCUCACAUACAACCGCGGUAGUGCUGACAAUAUCUUCCUCUGGGACGCCAAAUCCGGUUCAAAUCUGAAUGAUUUGCGCGUCAUUUGGCCACCGCAGUUUGCUGACACGCAGCUGAAGAAACUUCAGGAUGGGAUGGGUACCUAUAAUGAAGGCGGUACACAGAAGCGUUAUUUCGAUGAUAAUGCGCCAACAUCGGCACUAUUUGCUAUGCAGCUUAACGAUCCCAUUUAUAAUCUGACUAUUGACCUCCAAAGCCAUAAAAAUUCAGAGGCAAUAUCCCAAGUAGGGCCACCCGGGGGCUCAAGCAGCCCCGAAAUCAGGACACUAAGGCUUAUGGGCACGGCGCGGGUCAAGAAGCUUACCCCAGAUGGCAGAUCUGGAACCACGCCUUCGAAAAAGCAAGAUGACGACGAUGACUAUGGGGCUACUUUCAAACGUCUUCAGAGCUACGUUGCCACACCCACGGCACUUUCUAGCUUCCUCGCCCCUCACGUCCGCGCACUUCCUGUCACUUCCGCGGCUUCUCUUCCUGAACCUGAUAUACUUUCCCAGAUCAGGCAAAACUCUAAUGUCGAGUCCAAAGCCGUAUCCAGCAGUCAGCCAAUUGUGCGUGACAUAGCUGGAUCGCCCAGAUUUCAGAUAACCGUCUCGAGCAACAUCAUCGGACACUGGGAAGAGGUCCAACUCGAUGAUGACAACCUCGCUCAAGACCUCAUCUUCUCUGUCAUCGUGAAUCAGGACGAAGUGAGCCAGUACCAACUUGUUGAGGUAGACAUACAGAUCGAUGUCGGAGAAUCCUCCUCCUUCCUCAUGAACACGUACACGGGCCCCGGCGCACACAUGCUGACCAAUAUGCGCUUCAACGUGCUGCCCACGGUCAUUCAGGACAAAGAAAAGGGCAUUAAUCAGCUACGUCUGCGGCUGUUGCCGCGCUCGGCUAAAGGCUGGGUCUAUGCUACGCAAGUCAGCGAGCUGACCUUCCUCCUCGGGUUGGCCAAGAUCAAUGCGCCGGCGAAGUUGAACAGUGAGUUCAAAGUCCAGACAUGGGCCAGAUAUAUGAGGAGCCCUAACCAAGGGCUGGGUCCCGAUAAUAUCCUUACAAUUACGAAUCCAGAUACGAUAGUGAAAGUUGUGAAUCUCAGAUACGGUCAUUCUAGUUAG